AUGCCUCUCCUCAACCUAGACGGCCUCAACCUAGACGGCCUAAAUCUAUACGGCCAAAACCUAUGCGGCCUGAAUCUAGACGGCCUAGACCUAGACGCCCUAAAAGAGCUGGUGACUUUGUUGGACGAUGAUUGGCGCAGGAUGUGCCUCAGACCCGCGUCCCGCGUGGCUUGGUUCGAUUCCUACAACCCUGAACGGGCCCUCGUCGUCCUUCACUACCUCUGGAGAGAUUUAAGCCCCUUGGAGCGACUGCUGGUGGUGCAUUUCGCGUCGGUCAUGACGAGCAGAAUCGAGAUCCUCGCAUCGAUCGACCAUGGAGCUUCUCUCGAGCAUGGUCACCCCACGCGGCAGCAGCUAUACCACAUCAAGCGAUUCUUCCAGGACAAGACUGUACAGGAUUGCGUCGACAAUGCGAGAAUCGACGUUAUUCCCCUCGCCCACAUUCCACCCGCCUUUGCCGGAUUGGCCAUCGCGUUCAAGCUCUAUUCGGCGGGACCAGCACUGCGUACAAUCGACGACAUCCUCUCCUGCCCCAUGACAGCGCAGCUCAAGCUCAACAGCUCCCUAAAGCACAAGGCCAGGCAGUCGCACAGAGCCUUCUGGCUAGCAAACAUCCCGAAUUGCGACGAGGUGGUGCUCAACAAGUGGCGCAGAUUAUACGACGCACACGCAGCCGACCAAUUCCCCCUCGUCUACUAUGACAACGGCAAGAUGAAGCAGUUUCUACCCGACAAAAAGGCCUACUCUAUCGCAGACCUCAAGGAGUACAUCCGCUUGAUCAACCAGAGUAAUUCCGAAGCUGCAUCCUCCUAA